AUGGAUUUGAAGGAAGACUGUACUUAUAUGAUGCACAAUUUUAGAGUCAGCAUGAAUGAUGGACAAUUUAGAGUUUGUGAUCAUCCAUAUAAAUUGACAUUUAUUGGAGUUAUGGUUGUCAGACAAUGUGAAUUGGAUGAGCUUCCUUUUAAAAACUAUAGAUUUGCAGAUUUUUCAGAUGUCAUUGCUGGCCAAUUACAGUCUGACCUAUUAGUAGACAUCAUUGGUGUGGUUGACGAGGUUGUCUUUCGUCAUAUUUCACCCAGAAGUAAAAGAGUUGUUUUUAAGCUUAUGAAUCUGAGUAACCAAUUGUUGUCUUGCACUCUAUGGGAUGAUUACUAUCUCCAAUUUUUGGAAUAUUUGGAUCAGCAUGAGACUGAAAGGCCUAUUAUUGUGAUGUUGACCAAUGCCAGAAUUAAAGAGGGUCAGGGAUCCUAUCCAUGCUCAAUUAGCAAUUCUUUGAAGGCUUCUAAAUUGACUAUUAAUGAGGCAGUGGCACCAAUUGAAGAUUUCAAUCAAAAGCUUUCAGAAUUGGGCAUUGAGAUCCACUCAGUUUUGACACGUCGUUCGCAGUGGAGUUCACAGGCUUCAGGUUCUGCUCAAUUAUCAUCAAGGGAAACAUUCAUUUCCAAGUCAGAGGCAAAGACCAUUUCUGAGAUAAACAACCUUUGUGAAGAGUUUGUUUAUGUUACUGUUGGUACAAUCACGAGGAUUUUUAUGGACAAUCAUUCAUGGUGUUAUGCAGCUUGCAUUCAGUGCCAUAAGAAAACAAAUGUCUAUACAGAACCAUAUAGAGUUGAGGUGAUGAUCAAUUAUAAAGAUGAAAGCACAAAAUUCCUCUUGUGGGAUCGUGAAUGCACCGAAUUUAUUGGGCAGUCAGCUGAUGAAGUCAAUACCCUCAAAGUAGAAGAUGGUGAUCUGGAUUUAAAUGCCUCCCCAAAAGCACUUGAUAAACUACUGGGUCAUCUGCUCGCCUUCAAAAUCAAAAUCCAGCCACAGUAUAAAAAUUCUGCUAUUUUGAAAUGCUCAACUGACUUAACUUUAAUUAAUGAUGUUCUGGACAUGUUGCCUGAUGCUGAGACAUGUUCAAAGAUUAAAGUUAGAACACCGUUUGAUUCCAAUGAUCCUGUGCACGAUGAAUCUCAAUCCAUUUCUAUAACAACAAACCAUGAUCCACUUAUUGAACUUCCCUUGACACCAACAAAACGACAGCCAUUUCAUGAAUGUGAUGAUGAAGCAAGAAGCUCCCAGAUUUCACCAGCUCAGCUAUCGUCCAACAAAUUAGCAAAACAUGACCAGAUUGAAUAG